AUGACGCCUCUCGAAGCCGCCGUGCUGGUAAAGAGGCUAUGCGAUACGCUUACACCAUGGCGGCAGGAGCGCCAGCUGGCAAUCCCACCGCCAAUUUUUACUCUCCAUACCCUGCUCAGAUUUUUCUGUUUAGAAAUUUUUGCAAGAAUAUUUGUAGAAUUAUACUCUCGAGUUUUAGCUUUCAUUGAAAGUGCAAGGGACGCAGGAAGGCGCGGCACCGGGGGCAGCCAAUCUCCCCCACACCAGCUUCCCCCACCAACGCAUGGCUUAGGCCAAAUACGACCUCAGAAUGGUGUUCCCCAGCCGCCUCAGCUCCCUACCCUGCCACCACCCCCGAUCCCGAAACAGACUCCCAAGCAGUACAAUCGACCUUCGCAGCCCCAUGUGCAUCCAUCAAAUCCACAGUACCUGGACCACCCGCCCACAGAGAUGGCGCCGGCAGUACCUGGCUACACAGGGGCAAGUGCGGGCAUUGGGGGACACCCGAAGCCAGGGGCAGAGCGGGUGCCUCGAGAGGACGGAGGAAUGGUGGAGCUAACCCCGCUCUACCGCAGCAUAUUUGACCGUCCUUACUUCCACAUCAUAUCUCGUAACAAGUCCCGAGAGUUGCUUGAGAAAGCCGAAGAUGGUGUGUUUCUCAUACGUCCUUCAACACGUUCCAGUGAUCCACUCACCCUUUGUCUCCGGUACAGGAGCCGCACUUAUAAUAUCAACAUUCGAUGUCGCCCUGACGGGCUUUUUGCUCUUGGUUCUGAGAAAACUAAUGAGAUGACAUUCUCUUCGGUAGAUGAUAUAGUAUCAACUUACACUCGUGAACCAAUAAAGCUUCAGAGCGGUGAUCGAGCCAUGCUAACCGUUCCACCACCGAAGUCUGAUCACAUAUACGUAAAAAUGCCUCUGCCAAAAGUAUUAGGUUGUCAGUAAAUAAAAAUGCCUAUGUGAGGUGACUCAACUUUGUACAAUAGAUUAUAAAGAUAUAUGUCAAUGUUGUACAGAAGUAUUUGUUCGAGGUGAGGUAUCGAGAUUCAGUACUGUGUAGAAUACAAGUAACUGAAUUGCAUAUAUUUGUAUUUUUUAUAUUUGUAUACUCAUAAUCGCUUAGAUAUGUUAUCAUUUGUAUUUUCAGUCUCCCUGCUUAUCUAUACUGCCUUAUGCCUAUGUGCAGUAAUUGCUUAUAGUUAUUAUAUUUCAUGAUUGUCUACCUUUGCAUACUGCUGUGUUUUGUUGUUAGGGAUCCCCAGACACUCCUUUGAAGGAAGCCUGCGCAGUGCAGGCAGCAAUCCACUUGCAUUGGGUCCUUCCAUCUCUUGAGAUAUGUCAGUCUAGACUGAGUGCUCUUAAUGGCGUGGGGGCUGGCAUUUUGAUAGAUGCGCGAGUGUGUGUGUGCAGGCGUGUGUACAUGUGCAUGUUGCCUGUUUUGUAUUGGUUGAGUGAGGGGCAAUGUCAUCAUCAGUCUUGUGAGGUUUAUUCUCCUCUCUGGGCAUUUGUGUUUCUGUGCUGAGUAGAAGUGGUGGUGAACGACCAAGCAUUUUGUUCGAGGCCAUGUGUAAGAUGACAAAGUUCUUGUUAUUGUGGUUUACAUAGGUGAAAAGAGGUGAAAACUAUUUUUUAAGUGAGGAUGUUUGUAAUGUGGUGUUGGUAGAUGUAUAAACAUGUUGUGACAUGAGUGUAAUUCAUUUGUAUGUUUAUUGCAUUUGCUUAUAAUCGUAUUCGAUACCUUUUACCUUUGUGUGUUCAUAGGUAUAUUUUUAUGGUAGUAGAUGUUCAGUUAGCUCAUAUUGAAGGAGCGGCUGAAGAAAUAAAAUGGUUGUUAGGCUAUGAAGCUAAGUGACUGAGAUGUAUUGUGAAAUAUCUCACUAAAUGUUAAGCAGCAUCUUAUUUUAAUCACAUUUUUGGUCAUUUAAGUUAUACUUUUAUAUUUACAGUUUCACAAAGUCCAAGUAUAUAUACCUGAUUAUCACUAAUUCUCCUUGUUAUUUUCAUAUUAUCCCAUAAGAUGAAUAGAUAUUUUGCCUGUUGAUCUCAAAUAUAGACAUUGUAUCUUCUGCAAUCAGUUAAUUGUAAUCUGUAAUUGAGUAUAUCAGAAAACUGUCAUUUCCUUUGCAUGAUAUUAAGUAUGAAAAGAUAUGAAGUAAACUCAAGGUUUGUGUACUCUCAAUGAUUGCAUCCAUCAUUUUCUGGCAGUCAUUCUUUCCAUCGGAUUUGAAGACAAUUUUUUUUCUUUAGAUGUAAUGUAUUGGGCAUAGGGCUGCAGUGGCAUUCCAAACUGUUGGAAUGGGGGUGCCAGGCCUAUGAUUUGUCAAAUGUGCUGAUGGAUGCAUCUCUUGUUUUUCUUAUAUGUGUAUACAUUUCAAGGAAAUGUGUCUAAUUUGCUAAAGUCUCCACAUUCCUGCCAUUAUUUCUCUCUCUUCCUCCCUCCCUCCCUCUCUCCCUCUGUCUGUCUGUCUGUCUCUCUCAGUUUCUCUGUCUCUGUCUGUCUCUCUCUGUUUCUCUGUCUCUGUCUCUGUCUGUCUCUCUCUGUUUCUCUGUCUCUGUCUGUCUCUCUCUGUUUCUCUGUCUGUCUCUCUGUUUCUGUCUGUCUCUCUCUGUUUCUCUGUCUCUCUGUCUCCCUCCCUCCCUCCCUCCCUCCCUCCCUCCCUCCCUC